AUGUACCGAUUUCACACCAAAAGAGUAAAGGCUGCUGCUGAACAUGUGUGGACUUCAAAUCUCCACAAGAUCAGACGAUCUCUUAAAACUGUUUACCAGAAAUGUAAGACCCAGUGCUCAUAUUCAACUAGAUACCCAGGGACUGAUUCUUAUGACUGUGACCAAGAUGCUCUCAGUUUGAAUGAAGAAAUGAAUCUAACAGCAAUGCUCCAAGACAUUAAAGGGGGACAAAUGGAACUCCUCAGCCAAAUGACUGACAUUGUCAAUGCAAUAUCAAAUAUCCAGGAAAAGACUGACCAUUAUCAGAAGCAGAUGGAAGUCCUAGAAACAAGAAUAAACAUUAUCGAAGACAGACAAAUCAUAGCCACCAAAGACAUCCUCUCCAUGAAGGAAGACAUCAACACUCUAAAAAAGAAGGUGAUAGAGCUGGAAAGCCAGAAUUCUCACUCCAGCAUACGCUGCCUAGAGGUUCUGGAUGGACAAAAGGGCAAAGAAAUCAUGCAACUGUUCCAUAAUCUCCUACAAACAGGCAUUCCAAAGGACAUGGACACUGAAAGCUCUUCAGCAGAAUCAGGAAGGGUGCCUAGCUACCGGCAACCCACUGGUCAGAUUAAGGAAAAAGCAAUGUCUCCUCAAAUGAAAGCUCUGAAGAAAAAUAACAGCGUCCGGAAUGCAUCUGUGAGUUGCAGAAAGGUAAGGUCAAAUAUUUAUAUUUACCCUGACUUCAGUACAUGGAUCAAGCUCACUUUUGUUCAUGGAGGAAAAUGGAGGUUUUUCCUCAGUGCCACCAAGUUAGAGGAAUUCAUCCAGUGGCUUCUGUCUAGGCCAACCAUCCUUCCCGAGGAACCACAAAUCAUAUCCCGGAGAGACCGUGCCUUCACUGGACCCAUUGAGAACUUGGCCACAAUCUGUCUCUCUCUUUUCAACUAUCUUUACUACCUUUUUGGUUCCUCAAAACAGGAAAUAACUCGUCUUUAG